AUGGUUGCAGAAAGAAGAGUUUCACUUUUCAUAACAAGACGUAACGAGCAGCGCAAUCGGACUAUUAAAUUAUGCGACGCCUCAACACCUUUGAGGCAGCGUCGGUUUGCGUCGUUUUGCGUCAUUUCGCGUCGCUUCGCGUCGGCCCGCGGCCGCCAAGCGUCGGUUUGCGCCGAGCAGGCGCUCGCCGGCCAGGUCGCUAGGCGGAGCGGAUUGAGGCAAGAGCUAGAAAACAUAUUGCGAAUCAUCCGCCCGCCCCCGCAAGACGCCCCACCGGAUGACUCGGUUAAGGCUAAAUUGCUCGAGCGGCAGAUUGCCGCGUCUCGAGCAAAAUUUCCGCAGGAUUUAAAUAUAAGAACGCAAGCCGUUAUUGUGUUCCGGGCC